UAGUACCCUGUUCAUUCAACUAUUGCCGUGCGGCUUUUAACGUUGAUAUUUAAUUUUUUUAGCGAAAGCAUAUAUAUAAACACUAACGCGCAGUGUGUAUGGCAGCUUGUAAAUCAAAAGGCAACGGAUAUGAGACUUGAUGCUAGAUAUUUUAAUCGACUAGAUCUGAAUCUGCCCUUGGCAAGUAACGUUAUGACUUUAUUUUGGACUCUUUAGCAUACUAAUUACUGUGUUGUGUACAUAGUCUAUGGUCCACACCUAUGCCAACGGUGUCAACAUACCUAACCAAACUCGUCGGCGGCGCACGAGCCCUAAAAAAACCCGUCCAUCGACAUAUGAGUGAAGUAUGUGUUCAGACACACCGUGAGCUGUCAGCAGGAAGCAUGUGGGUUUUUGGUUACGGAUCUUUGAUUUGGAAAGUUGACUUUCCAUACGAGGAGAAACGAGUGGGUUUCGUCAAAGGUUUCAGUCGCAGAUUCUGGCAGGGAAGUACGGAUCAUCGCGGGGUGCCUGGAAAGCCUGGGCGAGUGGUGACAUUAAUAAAGGACCCUGAGGGCUGUGUAUGGGGCGUUGCCUAUAAGUUGCCAUCAGGCAGAGAAAAGGAAGUGAAAGAGUAUCUGGACUACAGAGAGAAAGGCGGCUAUGGGGUGAUCACAGUGACAUUUCAUCCCAAAGAUGAAGAACACCAACCAAUGCAGGACACAUUGCUCUACAUCGGCUCCUGUGACAACCCAAAUUACCUUGGCCCAGCACCUUUGGAGACAAUUGCUCAGCAGAUUGUGAAGUCUGUAGGCCCCAGUGGCAAGAAUACAGAUUACCUGUUUGAGCUCGCCCAAGCCCUCAGGCAGCUAAUACCUGAAGACUUAGACGAUCACCUGUUCUCUUUGGAGCGCCUUGUGAAAGAGCUGCAGAAGCAGGAGGAGAUGGAGUGAUCUGUUAUAGUCUGCUUUGUCCUUAAUCUUCUAAAAAACUCAGGAAUUUAGUCAAUUUUUUGUUCCUCAUAUAUAGAUGAUGAUAUCCGAUGCAUGCUAAAAGGGAUUACCUGAUAAAGCAUUACAUAAGCAGUACUUAAAGCACUGUUGUGCUUUUAAAUAGGAUUAUUUAAUAUAUGGUAGUCUACUGAAUCUGCACUUGGUUUUACGAUGUGACAUUUCACAUCAUUUGUCUCACGUUAUACCUUGAGAUACGAAUCAAGAACUUAAAAGGAUUUCAGUAUAUUGCACAUAAUGUACACGGUUACGUCCAUGAAAAUGUAAAUGAAUGGAUAAUUUAUUUUUCAGAGGCUGGUUAAUUUUACUCCGGAUACUUGAAUAUGUUGCAAAGCCAUUUCCUAUUUAUUUUUAAAGUUCCUUACCAUCCUAAUCUUCAAAUAAGCCGUAGCAAGGUGAAUCUCAUUAACAUAAACAUGUUUAAAUCACCAAUUUACCCACAAAUUAAAACAAAGAUGAAAUAAUUUGAAUAAACCAAAUUAAACACGUUCUUGAAACCUUAAAGUAUUAUUUUCCAUUGCAUAACAUUUUAACGACAAUUAACUCUUUCAUUUCCAACCAAAU